AUGGCUUCCAUGGCGUCACCGACCGCUUGCUUGUAUCGCAUGAAUCACAAUAAAUGCCGGAAAAAUGCUUGUCCUGAUGGGCUUCGUAUCAUCGCCUCGAUUCCAGACACGCCAGAUGAGAAACAUCCCAAGCUAAUUAGUCGAAGAGAGAUAAUUCUUAGGAGCAGUGAACUAGCUAUGAUCGGAGCCAUUUUCCAGCUCAGUGGGAAGAAACCAGAUUAUCUGGGAGUACAGAAGAACGAGAGAUUAGCUCUGUGUCCUGCUACAAAUAACUGUAUUUCCACUUCGGAGAGUAUCAGCGAUCGUGUGCAUUAUGCUCCUCCAUGGAAUUAUAAUGGUGGAAGGAAAACGCCUGUGAACAGAGAAGUUGCAAUGAAAGAGCUUCUUAAUGUGAUUAAGUCGACGAAACCGGACAAAUUCACUCCUCGGAUUGUGGAGAAGAAGGAAGACUACGUCCAUGUAGAAUACGAAAGUCCAAUCUUAGGGUUGGUAGAUGAUGUUGAAUUCUUGUUUACUCCCGGUAAAAACUCGACAGUGGAGUAUCGAUCUGCAUCUCGGAAAGGGAACUUCGAUUUUGAUGUCAACAGAAAGCGAAUAAAGGCAUUGCGACAAGAGCUAGAGAAGAAGGGAUGGGAAUCUGAGAACAGCUUCUGA